AAACGUACUUUUAAUAUUUUACUAUCAAGAAGGAGAGGAGAAGAAGAAGAAAAAAUAUAAGAAAAAGGAGACGCCUUCCUACAAGUUGAUGUAUACAAGAUGAGUCUAGACGUACUCUCCCCACACCUAGUGGAGAAAGCAAGAAGAGAAUUGAACGAAUACCCUGAGACGCGACUACAAAAAAUCGCAGAACUUCGUGAAAAAUUAAAAGAAAGACCGGAUUUACGCUUCGAUACGACAAAUAAAGACCUAAUUCGUUUUUUACGUGCACGAAAGUUCGAUGUUGGACGUGCGUUUGAAUUAGUGGUUGCUCAUUACGAAUGUAAAAGAGACAAUGGCGAGGUUUUUGGUAACUUUAGCCCGUCAACUGAAAAAAGAACAUUCGAGAGUGGAUGGAACGUGACGUUUCCUGAGAGAGAUCAAGAGGGAAGAAAAGUUUUGGCCUUCCGCCCUGGUACAUGGGAUCCAAGCGAGCGGAGUUUAAUGAACAAUCUACGUGCAAAUAUUAUGGCGAUGGAGGUUUUGAUUCAAGACGAAGAAACUCAAAUAAACGGAGUCGUGUUUGUUGUGGACUUUCGUAAUUUUGGAAUGACACAAGCCAAAGCGUUAAAUCCUCUUGUGUUUCGGAAAUAUGGUUCCAUUGUUUUUAAUUGUUAUCCGGUUCGAAUUAAAGGGAUUCACAUCCUGCAUCAACCGGCUGUGUUUACUGUGAUUUUUGCUAUCAUUUCUCAAUUUAUGAAAGAAAAAGUAAAAAAACGGGUCGUGUUGCAUGGCGUAGAAAUAAGUGGCUUAUGUGAGUAUAUCAAUAAAGACUUGAUCCCGUCAGAUUAUGGCGGUACAAAUCGGGAAACCGAUUUAAGAGCGUGGGUAAAACAUGUAAUGGAUUCUGAGGAGGAAUUGGAGCAUAUAUGGUCAUAGUGACAUUUGAAAUAAUGCAUGGUGUUAGUGACACAUACGCAUUCGUGUGUGUCAUUCGUGGCGGGGUUGUGUCGGGGCAGGUUGUGUAACUGGACGUAUUAUUUGCAUUUUAGUUUGGCUUCGUGUUUUAGGGGUGAGUGUUUCUGUAAGUCUACAUAAUGAAUUAAAAGUAAAAAGCUUAACGCUAAUGGAAUACAGUCGAGAUCUUUUGUAGUGAUUAAAGUAUUGGCCGAAAAAUAAAUCUAGUUUUCAAAAUUUUCGUUGGUAAUAAGAAAAACCAUUCGAACUGUCUAGAUCCCAUGUUUUUAUAUGAUAAAUGGUUAAAAACUGUAGUGUUUCUUAUAUCAAAAAUAUUGUAAAAAUUGUAGGUGUAUCAGUUUUAUUUUUGUAGUGGUUCAUCCACGAAGUCGUUUUAUUUUGUAAAUUCACAUAUCGCAAUUAUUUUAUUAUAUAUAUUAAAUAUAAUUUUUCUAUGCACAUUUUUUUGCGUGAAUACAGACGACUUUAAAUGGA